AUGCAUGAACGAUUAUUUGAAGUUGAUGAAUAUAUGUUUGAGAUGCCGACAUAUUCUCGAACUACUAAAAUUGGCACCAUUAAACUGGUUAGUGGAAUUUCAGCUAAAAAUGUCCAAUAUACGAUAUAUGGUAGCAUGGCAAAUUAUUUUUCGUUGGAAUUCGUUGGAACUAAAAGCAUUGAAUUGAUAAGUUUGGAAUGUCAAACGGAGUGCCAUAAAAUACCGCGACAAUUCGCACUUAUGAUACGUGCAAUAAUUGAAAAUCACAAACUACCAUAUGAUCUACCGAUAUCGAUUAAACUUACCAGUAAUAAUGAAGGACAAAGGCCGCGCUUCAAGCAAUCUGUGAUUCCGUUAAUUCUUAAAGAAAAAUCAUUCAUGAAUAAUCCAUUACUGAUUGAAGUUGAUAAUCCAAAUGAUGUCAAUCUCACUUUUAUUCUCAAUGAUUAUAAUCCAAUUUUUGAAAUUAACGAAAAAUUUGGUGUCCUUUCAAUUCGAAAUAGUGAACUACUUACCGUGGAUAAUCUUGGUGAACGUUUCAAUAUGUCGCUAUCAGUUUCAGAUGGAAAGAAUGAUAUUGAUACAGCAAUUAUCAUGAUUACUCUCAAUCCAAUUAUUGAUCAACAAACUGUGGCACCAAAAUUUUCGCAUAAUGUUUAUGCAUUUGCGGCAAAACCAGGUGAAUCUUUUGUGGGGCAAGUAUUAGCUCAAAAUUUGGAUGAUGAUAUAACAUAUCGAAUUGCUGAAGGUGGCGCAACAUUAUUUCGAAUUAAUGAAACCGAUGGAAGAAUUUUUUAUCAUGGACCACUUAGCAAAGACUCACAUAACUAUGAGUUAAAGGUUGUAGCAUUAGAUGAAAGUUCACCACCAUACAUUGAUGUAGCACUUGUUCAAGUAUUAAUUGCUGGGUUAGGAAGUUCACCAGCUAAAUUC